AUGGCUGAAAAGGAAGACAAGGACGAGAUUCGCGAUCAAAUCGCCCAAGAGCUUUCGCAAACUCCCUUUGCAUGCUCCUCACUGACUCGGCUGUCUGGCGGCACUGCCAAUUUCGUCUACCGAGGCACACCAGCCUCAUCUCCGGAUUCCAUCAUCAUCAAACAUACAGAAGGUUAUGUUGCUUCCAAUCUGAGUUUCAAACUUGAUCCGAAGCGAUGCCACUUCGAAGAAGCCAUCCUCCAAGCGCUGGAUGGCCUAGCGACACACUCGCAGGAGAACAUAACUGUGAAAACGCCCCGCAUUCUCCACUUUGACAAGGAAGCAAAUACGCAAGUCAUGGAAGAUCUUCCCAACUCGCUCGAUUUGAAGAGUUUCCUUCUCUCGGAUUUAGCCAAAGGCGUGUCAGAGGUUGCGGGCCAUGCGCUCGGUCGCUCGGUCGGAACUUGGCUGCGGACAUUUCACGAUUGGGCCGGUAAACCCGAGCAGGAGGAGUGUCGAUCUUUGCUUGGUCAAAAUGAGUCUAUGAAACAGUUGAAGUUCUAUGUCAACUACUCUAUGCUGAUGGACACCAUUGCGGACUUCCCGGGUAUAUUGGAGGAGAGUAGAGGUGUUUUCGAGGAACUGAAGAAUUUGGCGGCAGCGGAGAUGAAGAAGAGUGACCAUGAAAAUGAGAUCGGAAUUAUUCACGGCGAUUUCUGGACUGGAAAUGUACUCAUCCCGAAUGUUCCACUCGGUGAGAAGUACGACACUACACUCUUUGUUAUUGAUUGGGAACUGUGUCAAAUUGGGCCCCGGGCCCUAGACCUUGGCCAGAUGAUCGCGGAGCUGUACGAAACGAAACUAUUCAAGGACGUGGAGUGUGGAAUGUGGGUCAUCAAGGGGUUCAUAGAAGGUUAUGGACCUCUUAACGAUGAGAUGGCCUUCAGGACUGCGAUGCACGUCGGUGUUCAUCUUGCUGUUUGGGGGAGUCGAGUUCAAGGAUGGGGCACACAGGAGCAGGUUGAGGAAGUCGUGAAGGUGGGGAGAGACCUUAUUGUGCAGGGAUGGAAUAAAAAUAAAGCGUGGUUUGAGGGAGGGGAUUUGGAAUGUCUAUUUCAGAACCUAAGUUAA